UCUUCACAGACAGGGGCGGUCGUUCUCAGUCUGCGCACAUAUUCCACUUGGCCAGCAUCUCCUGGAGUCCACAGACACAGCGCUGAUUGACCGAGCGGAGCAGGAGCUCAUCCUCAGAGCGCAUGGUUGUGUUAGCGGGGCUUCACUGGACUGUCAGAGUAAAAAACCCACUUCAACCACGCCUCUGAGAGUAAAUAAUCCACAUCAGAGGACACUGGCUCUUAAAGGAUUUUGCCCAACUAGCCCUGCUUGAGUUUCUAUUUUUUUUUUUUUUUGCGCAGGGAAAGUGGUUUUAUUUUUUUGGGGGGAAGAGGGGACUUGCGCCGCGGCCGCCAGUCUGUGCGUAACAGUUUAAAAAAAAAAGUUUAACGCACCGAGGAGAUUAUUGAGGAGACUCCAUACCCGAUCACCACUCCCCGGGAAUUGUAAAGCUCGCGCCGGACGCCCACUGGAGGAGGAUAUAUAACUUUUAUAAGACAUUGUGUGGAGAGACUGCGGGAUUCGGGCUGGUGGAGCGGGAGAGCGGAGGAAUCCUCUUCGCUGCAGCCGGGGAGGAGUGCACGCAGCGCCGGGUUGCAGGCUGACCCAAAGGACGGCACCUCGGAGAGAAGGUUAUGACGGAGCUGAGCUGAACAUGGAGCUUUUCUGGAUUUUGUUAUUUUCUAGUGUCUCUCCUCUCGCCGGGGGCCAAGGAGUUUACGCUCCAGCUAAUGCCCAGAUCGUGCACUCAGGCGCAGCAUGUAACGUCAAGGAUGAUAACAUCAGCGAGAGAAUCUACACCAUCAAAGAAAACGACACACUCGUGCUCCAGUGUAUCGUCAAGGGACACCCACGUCCAGAGAUACGGUGGACGAAGACGGCGGGCAGCGCAUCAGAAAAGUUCCAAGAGAGACCCAUCUACAACGAGACGCUACGCAUCAAGAGCAUCCAGAGGGGGCAGGGGGGUCGCUACUACUGCAAGGCCGACAACGGGGUGGGGGUGGCUGCCAUCAAGUCCAUCCGCGUAGAUGUGCAAUACCUUGACAAACCAGUCCUGACGGUUCACCAGACCAUCAGUGACGUGCGCGGCAGCUACUACCAGGAGAAGACGGUGUUCCUGCGCUGCACCGUCAACUCCAACCCUCCUGCCCGAUUUAUCUGGAAGCGCGGGGACAUGCUCAUCGAGCAGAGCAAGGACAACGGAGUGGACAUCUACGAGCCGCUUUACACUCAGGGUGAGACCAAGGUGCUGAAGCUGAAAAACCUCCGACCCAAGGACUUUGCUGACUACACCUGCCAGGUGUCCGUACGCAAUGUGUGCAGCAUCGGGGACAAGUCGGUCACUUUCCGGCUCACGAAUGGGACCGCUCCCCCAAUGAUCCGGCUGUCAGUCAACGACACGGUGGUGGUGGACCCCGGGCAGGACGUGCAGUUAACCUGUGAGGUGACUUCAGGUUUCCCUCCGCCCAAUGUGACGUGGUCGUGUUCCACCGGCAAACUUCCCCUCAGCGCACUGGUUCGGGGGGCAACGCUCAUUCUGCGGGCGGUCACACCGACUGACGCCGGCCUUUACAACUGCUCGGCCGUCAACAAUGUGGGAAACCCUGCACGAAAGAACGUCAACGUGGUCGUCCGGACGAUGAGCAACCUGACCUUUCAAAUUACACCCGACUCCAACAAGGACAGUGAGAGCAUCCAAAUGGGGCGGGACCUCAAGCUGUCGUGCCACGUUGAUGCCACCCCGCAGGACAAGGUCAACUACACCUGGUACAAGAACGCAGCACCUGUCUUCAACUCGGACAGCCUGAUCUUGCUGCGCAGUGACCCUGACAUGGCACCCGGCACCAGCAGCUUGGAGAUCGUGGACAUGAAGUUCAGAGACUUGGCCACCUACAGCUGUGUGGCAAAUUUCCCCGGCAGCAGGAUCCCGGAGCUCCGUGUGGAUAUCAACAUCUCUCAGAGCAGUGUCUCUCCUCCAGUGCUGUCAGUUCCGCCAGGAGGUCAGGUGGUGAACGUGCGAGAGGGAGGCACCGCUGAGCUGGUGUGCCUGAUAGUCGAUGGCAAACCACGUCCGCCUAUACUCUGGUCACGGACAGAAAAGGACCUGCUAAUGCCAGCUGAGAAGACUGUGGUUGAGACCCCCGACGGCCGCUUGAGGCUCAAGAAUGUCAGCCGGGACAUGAUGGGGGCGUACCGGUGCCAGACUGCUCCGUACAACGGGCUUAACAUCAAGCGCAGGGAGGCGCAGGUCCAGCUCAACGUGCAGUAUCCGCCCAUAUUGGACCCAGUGUUCCAGGACGUGCGCUACCGGAACUAUCAGAUGGUGACUCUGAGGUGUGCGGUGCUGCGGUCCAACCCGCCGCGUCUGACAGACAUCCGCUGGUACCGUAACGGCGAAUUCAUCCGCAUGCCCAUGCCGGACCUGAAGGAGACGCCAGAGUGGAAGUUCAAGCUGGAACCUACCAACAAUGGCUCUUAUGAGUGCCGAGUCAGCAAUACUGUAGGAACAUCGACAUGCACAUUUAAUGUCUCUGCUCAACCGUAUGAUGCCGAAUUUUACUUUGACACGCCCAACCCAGUCCGGAUUCUGAAAGGUAACAACUAUUCCUACACCCUGCAGUGGACACAGAGAGAUCCCGAGGCCACAGACCGUAUCAUCGGCUACUGGAUUAAUAUCCGAAAGAACAAGCAGAGCCUGCUGUCGAAGCAGAUAGACCUCAAGGGUAAGGAGCCGGAGAGGGGUGUGCUGAUAUCCCACACCAUAGCAGACCUAAAAAUCCCCCUGUCCUACGAGGUCCGACUGGCCCCCAUCACCACCUACAGCACUGGGGACUACAUCAGUCGAAUCAUCCAGUAUUCAGAACCCUACACCUACCCGAGGCCCUCAGACAAUGUGUGUGCUUUCGAAGAUGAGCGAAUCUGUGGUUUCUCUCAAGACCGGAGCGACAUCUUUGAUUGGACGAGACAGAAUCACCUGACACAGAAUCCCAAGCGAUCGGCCAACACUGGCCCCGAGACCGACCGCAGCGGGACCAAGGAGGGAUACUACAUGUUCAUCGAGGCGUCAUGGCCACGUGUGCAAGGAGACAAAGCUCGUCUGCUGUCGCCGCUUUUUAAUGUGUCCUCAGUCAGGGGUCCCAAGGGCUCCGGCCGAGUACCAUACUGCGUCUCCUACUACUACCACAUGAAGGGCAAACACAUUGGCACUCUGAAUGUUCUCCUGAGAGUGAGAAGCAUUGCCUCUGUGGACACUGUGAUUUGGACCAAGACUGGCCAUCAAGGCCCCGACUGGCAGAAAGCCUACUUUGACAUCAGCCCCAGUGGACCCUUCCAGAUUGUUUUUGAAGGAAUCCGAGGUCAGAGUUUCGAGGGGGACAUUGCCAUCGACGACGUCUCCAUCACCAUAGGAAAGUGCAAACAGCAGAACACUGUAGCCAGCGCAGGUAAGACAGUCCUGAUCGGUGGCUCACGCUCACUCCCAUUGGCCAGCUGGCUGACCUUUGGCCUCUCCUGCCUGCUGUCGCUGCUCUACAGAUGAUGAGCACUUCUCACCACAGCCACCACUUGUCUGCACUGCCAGACGCUGCCCCGACUCGCUCUUUAACUGCUCUCUCUAUCCUUGCCCCUCUCCUCCCCUCUACUUACUUGUCACCUCACCUGUCCGUCCUCCUCGCUCACUGUCUCUCUAACCUUUAUGCAUCCGUCUCAUCAUUCCUGCUUAUAGGUAAAUGGUAACAUAAAGUCUUGGCCUACUUUCUCCUCCUCCGAUAUCUUUGAACAUUUCCCCUGCAGACACUCUGCAGUAUAACCAACAGACUGUAUUUAAGGUGAACAUACUUAAUGAUCUUCGACAGACGACCUUCACAUCCUCCCACUUUGUCACCUUUUCCUUCUUCUCCUUCAUCAAAACCCUUCGCCCAUACACAGACCCUCUCAUGUAUCUCCACUCCCCUCGAACUACAAUCCUUGACGGCCCAAUUCCCGAGACACACCAAAGUGUCAGACACUCUACCAAAGAUGACAAAGGACCGGAGGGAAUAAAGCGAGGGAACAGGGAUUCCAAGAAGAAAGUGAAAGAGAGAUAGAAAGUCGGGAAAAAUCCUUCCUAUUCACAGAAACUGUCUCCUGUCCGUCCUACCCUUUGGGACCAUGGGAGCGACUGAAUGACAAAGAGAGCGAUGAAAAAACUGAUGAAUGAAUGAAUAAAGAAAGAAAUGAAUGGUGAGGAAAGGACAAACCAGAGGAGGAGGUAAAAAGAAGGGUGCUCCUGGUAGCCUCCCUGCUCGCCCUCUGCUUGCCACUUGAGACGAACCUCAGCGCGGAGACACGUGUACAUUUAUCUAUAUAUAUAAAUAUAUCAAAUAUAACAAAGUUUAAACUUCAAACACAACCAGGACAGUGGAGGACUUUACAAAGUGAAAUUAAAGAAGCACAACGUUUAUACAACCUCUGCUGUUCCUUUGGGUUUUAUUCUACGUAUUAUGUGAUGUUGCAAUUUUGUCAUGCCUUCUCAAUGUUUUUGAUAUUUUGCUUUGGUUUUCGUUUGUUUACGCUGUUAUAAGGGUCAAGGGAAAUGGGGAAUGGAUUAUUAUAUUAAUAUUUAUGAAAGGGAGAUGAGAUGAGAUGUGGUAGAACGUGAAUUAAGCACUUGGAGGAAAUGCAAGGAUGACCCCGAGCCACCUGGGUAGAAACCUCAACUCUUUUUCGCACAAACAGUACAUUACUGAACACACCCAUGUACCUGGACACAAAUAAACUCACACUUAGUUUUCCCUUCUGACGUCACAGUCUGGCCCUCAGCUCACCCUCUGCCUCAAAUACACGUCUCGUCUGCGGGUGAAGGGAAACAAAGAAUGGUAGAUCUCAUUUUCCUAUUCCAGCCUCUUUUUCAUAAUUGUCUCUCUGUCACUGGACGUCAAGACUCCAGAGAAGAGCUGGACGCCUCUAAUGAGGAAGAAAGGGAAAGGGCUGUGGUAUGAGAGGCAGAAAAUGUCCGGGAGUUCGGUUGAAUAAAUGAUCAAAGAGCAGGUUACUGAAUGUCAUGUGUGAUUUCUCCCUUACACUCCUAUAAGUGGAAGGAGAGGAGUAUCAGUAUCUGGCCGGUGUGCAGUGUGGAUCACAUAGCAGAUACUCUCAUUGUUUCAUUAACGUUGAAUGUCUGUAGUGUCAAGAAUAUUCAUAAUCGCGUAGAUAUGAUUGUUAAAGUUAAGCAAUACUCACAUAGAUCUAUACGGUAGUUUAUGAUUGCAUUUAAGACACAGUUCAGUCUCCAUAUACAAACCCUUGUUUUCUCAAAAAUACAGCAUACUGGCUUUUUCUCUCAUCAUUUAUCAAUUCUGAUUUAUUUAAUACCAGAGUAUUUGCCUUUCGGGCAGCUGUAUAUCAGCUGUAGCCAUGAUUUAAAUCAUUUAAGGCAAAGUGUGCCUGCAUUUUGUUGCAUCAGGCUUCAAUUGAUCUAAAAGAAACUCCACAUUCAUCAGUCACCUUGCUCCAAUAACAGAUCCGCUCGUGUGUGCUCAUCAUUACCACCUGCAUUUGACUGUGUUGUGUCAUGUUUAGUUUAUCAUUGCACUUAUUGUUUUGUUUGGUUGUUUGUCUUCUUUAUUGUGGCUACAAAUUGUAAUAAUAAUUGUUCAGCCAUAAUGAGUACAUAAGAGAAAUAUUGUGCCUAUUUGACCUUCCCAUUUAGACUGGUGUGGGAGGUAAUUUUGACGCUGUUGAAACUGGCACUGAUACAAACUGUUAGAGAAGAUAUGCUUUCCUGUCAAUGUAUCUUUCCGCAAACAUAUACAGUUCUCUAUAAGACUAAGCUUAACACCUCUUCAAAACGCUUCUGUCUUUUCCCCAAAACACAACAGUAGCAAACAGUAUUGGUUUUAAGACAUUCGCUUCCAUGUUUCCAGUUUGUCAAGCGAAAAUGGUUGAGGAAAUAAAGCUUAACAGCGUGGUUCCAUAAGUUAAUGAUCCCAUUAAUUUACUGAAUAGAGAAUUUGAUUAUUAGCCAUAACAUUUUAACCAUCCGAGGUAGAGUUACCACCUGUUACGAGAUGCUGAAACACUCAUAUAUGCUCCUGCUGAGGCCGCAAGUCCGCAAUGUCAAGGAGAAGUACUAUUUUACCCACAAUCCUGGAAGUGUUACAGUGACAUCUCUGAUUGGUCGAGCUCAUAGUUACCAUGUAAAUGUUCACCAAAAUCGUGAUAAUAAUGACAGCUAUGAUUGGAUCAUUCAGUGUUACGUUACAUUUACCAGAGAACGACCAUAAUGUGGUAAAGACUCUAAAGAGUAGAAAAUCGCUACAGGUAAGUUAAUGCAAUGGUUUAUGGGAUACGUAGUUCCUUCACAAUAUAAUCAUGUACACAGUCUUUUACCUUUUCUUUUUUCCAUUUACCAUUUUUUGUUUCGCUCAGAAUCAAAUGUUUUCUGCUCAUGAUUCAUCACAAAGCUGCUCGGCCUGGUUCCAGGCUUUCGACUGUUUUCAUUAAACAUCAUUGCAGAACAUGAAUGGGAGGUUGACUUCCGGAAGAAAAGCUGUUCUAAAACUGGGCGGUCACUGUUGUGUAAAAGAUUUUAAGUUGUACAUAGCGUAACGAUAUCCAUCACUAUAGCAGCCCAUUGUAGGUCAGUAUGCAAAUGUGUAUUAAAUACAUUUAGAAAUAUCA